UAUCUGUCCCGAUUCUAGUUGACUCCGACGCACCUCUUCCGACUUCCAACGUUAUUUUUUGCCGAUUUUCUUCACGUCGUACCUCUACGAACACUUAUCUUGUCAACGGUAAAGGCUUCCUCCCGAGAAUUCGUCCCCUAAUGUUGUCGAGAUCCUGAUUCAGUCCAGCUUCUUCUUGAAUCACGCGCUGUUUCCUGAGCAUUCCCAUUCUUCCUCCGAGCUCAAGUCAAGUACUUGCCACAUAGCUAUCAUUUCAAGGGAACCUCUCAUUACUAAUGUCAUGGGGAGGAACUUGAUAAUUCAGGCUCUAUAUCAAGUGACUGUUCUCCUAAUCCUGAAUUUCUGGGGAAGAAGCAUUCUGAAUUUAGAGGAUGAAUCGGAUGACCGAGCUUUGAAAGUGAAGAAUACACUGAUAUUCAAUGCAUUUGUCCUUUGUCAGAUAUUCAAUGUGUUGAAUGCUAGAAAACCUGAUGAGAUCAAUGUGUGGAAAGGGGUUACUAAAAACCGUCUUUUUAUGGGAAUAGUUGGACUUACAGUAGUUCUCCAGGUUAUCAUAAUAUUUUUUCUUGGGAAGUUAACUUCAACAGUUAGACUCAAUUGGAAAUUGUGGCUUGUUUCUGUUGUGAUCGGCAUAAUCAGCUGGCCUUUAGCCAUUGUUGGGAAGCUUAUUCCUGUUCCAGAGAGACCUUUCAGUGAUUUUUUUAUGAAGAAAUUACGUAUAGAAAGGGGAGCACGAGGUUAAAUACUGAGGAAGUGGAAAAAGACAGCUUCUGGGCUCAUCUUUUUCCGUAGGCAGGGUGCAAUAUAGCUAACUUAAGUUGUAAUGUGGGGUACAAAGUUGCUUUUGUUCAUACAGUGAAGUUGUAACGUGCUCUUUAUCAACUAAUGUUGAUAUAUAUGAUCAAUAAAUUAUUUUUAUGUGAGAACGGUUA